GCAGACAGAGGUCCGAAGAAGAGGAAGGAAAAGGCUCUCUCCCCCUCUCUUCCCGUAUCUCCCGCACGGCGGCGCGGUGUGGCCGGCGGCGAUGGCUUUCUGGCAGGCGCGCGACUUCCUGUUCUGCGGCGUGUGCGGCACCCUCCUCGACUUCAACUCCCACCGCUACGCCUCCUGCCCUCUCUGCGGCUUCAAGCGCAAGGCCAAAGAUAUCGAAGGGAAAGAAACUCGGUACGCGGUCACCGCGGAGGAUAUUAGAAGAGAGCUAAAGAUGAAACCGUUUGUGGUUCUUGAAUCGGCGCCAAAUAUGGACAUAAUCGUGCAAAGAUCCCUGACAGAGCGAGCCUGUCCAGAAUGCAACCAUCAUGAACUCGAAUAUUACACGAAGCAGCUUCGGUCAGCGGAUGAGGGGCAGACUAUCUUCUACGAGUGCCCGGAGUGCGGCCACGCAUUCAAUGAGAACACCUAAGAAAGAAGAUUCCUACUAUCAGUGUAUGGAUAUGGCCAGAAGAAACUGCUCCUGCCAUUGGUUGACAAAUCGAUGUUCACCGAAAUUUCUCCUGCCCUGGGUUGACCAUUGAUGUUCCAGCGUUUUGGCGUCUAUUCUAAUCUUCAAUGUUACCUGGGAUAUGUGAAUGCUCGCUUUCUAUCUAACGCUUUUUUAUGGCACCUGUCUGUCUGAUGUACUCCCUCCGUCCCAAAAUUCUUGUCUUAGAUUUGUCUAUAUAUGGAUGUACCUAAUACUAAAACGUGACUUGAUACAUCCGCAUUUGGACAAAUCUAAGACAAGAAUUUUGGGACGGAGGGAGUAUUUGACUGAACGUGGCCAUAGAAAGAGCAGAAUGUCUUGUUUCUGAAGGUGGUUGGACUGAUUGCUGCCUUUUUGUAGCGCAUCGUGAUUAUUCAUGAUUAUACACGCUUUGUUGACCGGUUUUC